UACGAUGGAACAACGCGUUGGCGUCACGCACACCGCCAUAUACAUUUGUGUAUCCAUUCACUCUAGAUCGUCUCUAUAUUUUCUCUCUCCUCCAGUUUCUCUCUCAUUACCAUUCCCAAUUCUCCCUUUUGUUUCUUGACUUCCCCCCCUUUCGUAUCACCAUCUUUCCCUGCAUGGAAAUCCGAUUUCAAUAGCCAGGGAAACUCGAGAUAUUUUCAUUACUGGAGGUUUAUUUUAACGUGCUCAAGAUGUGAUUUCUUGUUCUGGGGGUGUUUCGUGCUCGAAUUUCAAGUCAAUUUUGGAGUAAUCUUGCUGUCGGUUUUGUUUUGAGUGUAGAACAAGGCGUUAGGGUUUGGGUUUCACAUGAAGGGUCCGUUGGAUCGGACGAAAGUGGUGGUGCGGCACUUGCCGCCAACGAUUUCUCAGUCAAACUUCGCUGAGCAUGUCGACUCUCGUUUCGCCGGCCGGUACACUUGGCUCGAUUUUCGCCCUGGAAAAUCUAGCCUGAAGCAUCUGAUACAUUCAAGAGCUUAUAUCAACUUUCAUAAGCCAGAGGAUGUACUUGAGUUUGCGGAGUUUUUUAAUGGCCAUGUUUUCGUCAAUGAGAAAGGGGUUCAAUUUAAGGCGAUUGUUGAGUAUGCUCCUUCACAACGAGUUCCAAAGCAAUGGUCUAAGAAGGAUGGUCGUGAAGGCACUAUUUUGAAAGAUCCUGAAUAUUUGGAGUUCCUUGACUUUCUUGCAAAGCCUGUUGAGAAUCUUCCCAGCGCAGAGAUACAGCUGGAGAGAAAAGAAGCAGCAGAACGAGCAGGUGCUUCAAAGGACGUUCCAAUAGUUACACCUUUAAUGGAUUAUGUCCGUCAGAAGAGAGCUGCAAAGGUUGGGUCUCGGAGACCCAUGUUAAACGGAAAGUCAACAAGAAGAGUUGGUGCUAUUUCAUCCAGGAGUCCUGCCUCAGGUUCUUCGAGAAAAGGCUCAGAAAAGAAGAAAACUUCUACCAAGUAUGUCAUGAGGGACAACUCCAAGGGUGGUAACAAGGACAAGCCAAAUUAUUUGCUGGUUUCUAAACAAGUUGAUCAGCAGCUCACAGAUAAAUCUCCCAAUUUAAUUGUUACUGGAGUUGAUGCCUUAGAGGCAGAAAGUGGAGGCUCAGGGCCAUCUGGAAUGGGAAAGAAAAAAAUCCUGCUUGUCAAAGGAAAAGAGAAGGAAAUUUCUAGUAUUUCUGAUGCUGCUUCACUGCAGACGAAUGUGUCUAGUACUGCCAAGAGUUCACAUAGCCCUGCUGCAUCAGGACAAUACCAGCAGCGAGAAACUGGUGGAAGGAUCAUCAGAAGUAUUCUGAAUAGGGAUACUAGUCAAAAUCAAGCACCACCUGGAUGCCAGCCAGGGAUGCGAAACCAGAUAUCAAAUCAGGACAGGGACAAAAAGCUGCCCCGACCCCCUGGUAUACAUUCAUCUCCUAGGGAAAAACCUGGGAUUCCCGAGGAAAAGAUGGGAAAUGAAGAUUCGAAAGCAGUCCAUUCUGAGAAGCCAGAAAGACGAAUGAGGAAUAAGGAUAGGCCUGAUUGUGGUGUAUGGACCCCUCUUCGUCGAUCAGAUGGAUCACAUUCUAGUAAUGAUUCAUUACCAUCUACUUUCCCGACCUCCCUAGUCAUAGAUCAGUCUGAAGAUGUGAAAACUGAGAUCCCGGUUGGCCGAGGUGGUGACUACCGUCAUAUGAGAGGUCGUGGAGGUCGUUAUUCUGCUGACAAUGGUUCUUAUCGGCAUGGGGGCCGCCGCUCUUCAUCCUAUAAUAUAAAGGAUACUGAUGGCUCUUCAGUUGGAGAGGGGGGGAAACCCUCAAAACGUGGUGCUCCUUCUGGCUAUGGCUCCCAUGAGAAACAAGUGUGGGUCCAAAAGUCCACCUCUGGUUCGUGAACUGAUGUAUAUGGGAUGCCUGGUGACCGUUGAAUCAUAAAACUGAACUGACCGCAGCUGGAAUUCUCUGUUGCUUUAUAAGACUAUAUUGUGUGUGGAAGGGAAGAUGGUUGGCGGAGACGAACAGUCCUGUACUAGUGCUUCAAUAUUAUUUUGCAACGCCAUGUGCCAUACCAGUAGUAAGUCGAAAGAAAGAAAGUUAUAGACGACACAAAGGAGGAUUCAGUCGUUUAAAACCAACCAGUGUGGAGAUCGAUCACAGUGAUACUCAACUCGCUCAGUAGCAGGACUGAGUCUCCCUCGACACCCGGUAAUCCAACCAACCAAUACCAAUAUCAACGACCAUAGGUAAGGUAAGAAGAUCGCCUUUCUUUUGCUGAAGAACUUUAUGUAUAUACGCAUCUGAUCUGAUUUGAUCGGCGUGUACUGUAGCGUGACUUAUACUAUGUUCUAAUGGCUUUGUGAAUGUAUGACCGCCUGCCUAUGCUAUAUAUAUAUAUAUAUUUAAAGAUCGAUUAGGUCUGGACGGACUCGGCCGGCUCCGGCCGACCCGGCCCUUAACUGGUAUGAGGCUUGACUGAGUGUUGUAGUGCAACUUGGAAAUGCCAACAAGUUUUCUGUUA